GGAGUCAGACUGCAGGCUGGUCUGGCCCAGCAGCGCCCCUGGGUCCCUCCAGCCCUGGCUCUACUAUGAGUUCGCCCUGUGUGACCUUGUUGAAGUCCAUUGUUCUACCCGGGCCUCUACCUGACAUCCGUCUCUCUCUGUCUGUCUCUCUCCCCAUCACCGUCCAUCUGCCCCUCUGUAUGUCCAUCUCCAUCAUGUCUCUUUCUCUGUCGCUCUCCACUUCUCCCAAUCUGUUUCCCUGUUUCUCUCCCCCAACCUGGUUUCCCUAGCUCCCCCUUACCCGGGCCAGUCCCUGACUCUGACCUCUCUGUACCCUAGUUUUGCUCAUCUGCCAAAUGGGUAUAAUGAAAGUGCCAAAUAAGGUGGGUCGUCCUGGGACCUGACCAGAGGGCAGCGGUAAUGCAUUUAGCGCUACUCACGGCCCCUUCUUUCCUGUGCAGCACCCCAUAGGGACACCUGCGCCACUGAUAACUGCAGACACGGAGGCCCUGAGGGAUAGAGACUUGCCAAAUGCCACACAGUGCAGAGUGACUGAGCCUGGACUCAAACCCAGGUCCCCUACCUUCUGGGGGCUCCCCUUUUCCCUGCCCCAGGAUUGGCAGCCAGUGGGGACCCUGUGGGCCCAGCCCCGGCUGGGGUUUGUGAGAGCGGCACCCGGGCAGGGAAUGGGCAGAGGCAAAGCGAUGUGGCUACUGGCCAGGGUUUCUGCUGUGCCUGCCGGGCUCACAAUGGGAAGUGCUGCUCUUUGCAGGAACCCGGCAGGGUCAGGCCUCUGAGGCCCCUGACUCUCUGCCUGGGCCUGCUGAGCCAGCUCCCCCUUUGUGCCACAGACCACAGGGUCUGGUGUCUGCCAGACUAUAAAAUGGGGGGUCGGGCCCUCGUCACCCACUGCACCAGCCUGCCCUCCUGCCUGCCCUCCAGCAGGAAGUAGCAGGGCCCCAGGCCGAAGGGUUCUUUACAGACUUUUGCAGCUGGGAACCAUGUCUCAGCCAGCGGCCAAGGCCUCGGCAACAGCUGCGGUGAACCCAGGGACUGAUGGGAAGGGCUCAGCCCCGGGCUCCGGCCCCGCCCAGGCCCCAGCCCAGCGGGUGCCCGCUGCCAAAGGGGACCUGCCUCCCGGGAGCUACAAGCUGGUAGUCUUUGAGCAGGAGAACUUCCAGGGCCGGCGGGUGGAAUUCUCCGGGGAGUGCUUGAACCUGGGAGACCACGGCUUCGACCGAGUGCGCAGCCUCAUUGUCAUCUCAGGACCCUGGGUUGCCUUUGAGCAGUCCAACUUCCGGGGGGAGAUGUUCAUCCUGGAGAAGGGCGAGUACCCGCGAUGGGACACGUGGUCCAGCAGCUACCGCAGCGACCGGCUCAUGUCUUUCCGGCCCAUCAGGAUGGACGCCCAGGCGCACAAGCUCUGCCUGUUUGAAGGUGCCAACUUCAAGGGCAACACCAUGGAGAUUCAGGAGGACGAUGUGCCCAGUCUCUGGGUCUAUGGCUUCUGUGACCGCGUGGGCAGCGUGAAGGUCGCCAGCGGAACCUGGGUCGGCUAUCAGUAUCCUGGCUACCGCGGGUACCAGUACCUCCUGGAGCCUGGUGACUUCCGGCACUGGAAUGAGUGGGGAGCCUUCCAGCCCCAGAUGCAGGCUGUGCGCCGCCUGCGUGACAGACAGUGGCACCGUGAAGGCUGCUUCCCCGUGCUGGCUGCUGAGCCCCCCAAGUGAGUCUACACACCACUCUUCCCUCGUGACCCACCCUUCCGGAGGCUCAUCUUCCCCAUGCAAAUAAAAGUUCCUGAAGCCAAAAUGUCUCCUGGGUCUGUGAACAGAUGGAUGCCUCAAGGUCCCCUGUCACUGCUGGCAUGUGACUUCCUCUGUCUUGAUAAUUAUAAUAAUAAUCAAAACAGUGAGCACUGCUAAGUUCUUUACAUUCUCUUAGUGUAUAUUUUGGACUACUCUAGGAGGCCAGUACUAUAUAAUUAUUCCUAUUUAAAAAGUGAGGACAUUGAGGCUCAGAGGGGGAAAGUGACUUGCCCAAGGUCACAGAGGUGUCAAGUCAAAAUCUGAACCCAGGCAGUCUGGUUCCAGAGCCGCGCUCUUAAACAAAUCUGUGUUUUCAAAUUCUACUCCUUCAGGUACCGCUCUCCUGAUUUUUGCCUUCUCUGCUUACCACCUGUUUUGUUAGUUACUUAAUAUAUUUAUUUAAAUAAAUAAUAUUGUGUG